ACCAAACAAACUUUUCAAACGCAGCAUGCUACCACAGCAUUAAAUUCCCCAAUGGAGUAAGAGAAACGCGUUUGACCUUGUCCCCGACGACCUCCAUUGACGACCUUCCUUUAGCUUAUUAUCAAUGUAGAUCCAUUUCCCAGUUUUCUACCUUGCUUUCUUCAAGCAUUUUAAUUUUCACAGAUAAUCGUAGCUUUAAUGGCGGAUAAAGUGAAGCAGAUCCUUGCGAAGCCGAUUCAAUUGGCGGACCAGGUGACUAAGGCGGCGGACGAGGCUAGCUAUUCGUUCAAGCAGGAAUGCGCGGAGUUGAAGACGAAGACGGAGAAGCUGGCGGCGCUGCUGCGGCAGGCGGCGCGUGCCAGCAACGACCUGUACGAGCGGCCGACGCGGCGGAUCGUGGAGGACACGGAGCAGGUUCUGGAGAAGGCGUUAGUGUUGGUGGUGAAGUGCCGCACGCACGGGCUGGUGAAGCGCGUGUUCACCAUCGUUCCCGCGGCGGCGUUCCGGAAGAUGCAAUCCCAGCUGGAUAACUCGAUCGGGGAUGUGUCGUGGCUCCUCCGCGUCUCCGCCUCCGCCGACGCACGCGACGACGAGUACCUCGGCCUCCCGCCGAUCGCCGCCAACGAGCCCAUCCUCUGCCUCAUAUGGGAACAGAUUGCGAUUCUCUACACCGGAUCCCUCGACGACCGCUCCGACGCCGCCGCCUCCCUGGUUUCCCUGGCCAGGGACAAUGAUCGCUACGGGAAGCUAAUCAUCGAGGAAGGCGGAGUCCCGCCAUUGCUCAAACUCCUCAAGGACGGCAAACCAGAAGGCCAGGAAAACGCCGCCAGAGCAAUCGGAUUGCUCGGCCGCGACCCCGAAACCGUCGAACAAAUGCUCCACGCCGGCGUCUGCCAAGUGUUUGCGAAAAUGCUCAAAGAAGCUCCAAUGAAAGUCCAGGCUGUAGUCGCCUGGGCUACCUCCGAGCUCGCCAAACAUUUCCCCAAAUCCCAAGAUCCUUUCGCUCAGAACAAUAUAAUCCGGUUACUAGUCAAACAUCUCGCCUUUGAAACAGUCCAAGAACACAGCAAAUACGCCAUUGCUAGCAAGGCAACCUCGAUUCACGCCCUAGUUUUAGCCAGCAAUAACAAUGCCAAUCCCAAUUCCAAUCAGAAAAAUGAAGAUGAAGAGAAACGCAGCAGUAUCCCCCAUCCAAUGGAGACCAAGAAGCCUACCCAAAUGCACAAUGUGGUUACUAACACAAUGGCAAUGAAGAAUCAGAAUCCCAUGAAUCAUCACAAUCAUGGCAAGGAAAUGGAGGAUCCUGCAACAAAAGCUUACAUGAAGGCAAUGGCGGCAAGAGCGCUUUGCUAUCUUGCCAAAGACAAUCCGGGGAUUUGCCGUAGCAUUACAGAAUCAAGCGCCCUGCUCUGCUUCGCGGUGCUGCUCGAGAAAGGAACUGAAGAUGUGCAGUACAAUUCCGCCAUGGCAGUGAUGGAGAUCACAGCCGUAGCAGAAAAGGACCCCGAGCUGAGACGAUCAGCAUUCAAGCCGAAUUCCCCCGCCUGCAAGGCGGUUGCCGAUCAACUCCUGAGGAUCAUCGAGAGUGCCCGUCCUGAUUUACUCAUCCCUUGCAUUACAACAAUCGGGAAUCUGGCCAGGACUUUCCGGGCAACCGAAACAAGAAUGAUAUGUCCACUAGUAGCCCUGCUUGAUGACCAAGAACCAGAGAUUACCAAAGAAGCUGCAAUUGCUCUCACCAAGUUCGCCUGCAGUGACAACUAUCUUCACCUGGAUCACUGCAAGGCGAUUAUCAGCGCUGGCGGGGCGAAACACUUAGUUCAGCUUGUGUACUUUGGAGAACAGAUGGUUCAGAGCUCUGCACUCACUCUCCUGUGUUACAUUGCCCUGCACGUCCCGGAUAGCGAAGAGCUUGGCCGGUCUGAAGUGCUCACAGUGCUUGAAUGGGCAUCAAAGCAGGGAUUCCUGAACCAAGAUGACAAAAUGGCGACACUCUUGCUAGAAGCCAAACGCGGUAUGGAAGUCUUUCAAUCCAGAGGGCAUCGGAGAUGCUGAGCGACCAGAUUCGAGCUCUAUCAAUGUGUACAACUUUUGCAAUAUGGUGCUUCUUGGAUGACCAGAGAAACCUGCAACCAUUAUUCGAAGAUUUGUGUACGGGUAAUUGGGUAAACCUGCUUUGUGACCAAACCCGAAACCGCAAUAUGGUACUGCUUCUUGUCAUUUGGAGUGUACAUAAGAUAGGCCUCUUCAGUCUUGCCAAUAAUUUACUAGAGAAUAGAGGGAAGAAGUGAAAAAAAACACUGAUUACCAUUGUUCCUCAUUAUAGUUUUGUUUUUUGGAAUUUGAAUCCACAGUCUGUAUUUCAUCUUUAGAACUAGAAUUCUUUGCAUUUGGGAUAUAUGAUCACCCGCUCUACAUACUGGUUUUGUUCAUCAUUUCUACAAGUCAAAAGUUACAUGGCAAA